UUUUUAUUUUCAGAAACCCACCCAGCAUACUAAAUGAUUUUGACCUGCCAGGUGCACCUUGUUUGAUCAAAGCCAGAAGGCAGGAGAGCUCCAAUGUUCUUCCAGUCCACGCUGCAGUAAACUAUCACCUGGUGAAGCAGUAGUAUCAGCAGCACUUGUCCCCGCCCCUCUUCCUUCCCUGGCUUUAUGAGCUCUUGGAAAUGCAAAGUGCUCUCUGCUCUCUGAAACAGAUAGCUGCGACUCUUCAGCUGACAACAUGGGUGGAAAAUUAUUUCUAUGGUUCCUGGGUACUGUCUCCUGCCUCACAACGACAGGUGUCAGUACGAGCAACAAUGACACAAUCCCACUGGUGACCCUUCCAGGAUGGAAGCAAAAUGCAGAGUAUUUAACAAAGUGCAACUUUAAUAACAAUCUGGCUCCAUUUUGUGGGUGGACAUACGAGAGCCAAGAGAGGACUCCAACUACAGCAGAGCAAUUUCACCACGCUCAGAAGAAUGUCCUCUUGAACCCCUUUGGGAACGGCCGUCUAAAGAGCGGUUUGCUCAAUGUGUCCGAUGAUGUGUGCGUGGAGUUUUGGUUCCACAAGCCAGGGCAAAAUAGCCCAGACAUUAGAAUGCUUACACAGGAUGGUUCUGGGAAGAGAGAACACUGGACUUCACAAGGCAGUAUAGCUUCUUCAUGGCAACAAGUGUUCAUCCCUUUGUCCUACAGUGAGGGGAAUAGCAUACAGAUCAUAUUUGAGGCCAUGCAGGAAGUCUCUGAAGAUGGUAAUGUAGCCAUUGACAAUGUAGGAGUAAGAGAAGGCCGAUGUGGAGAACAGUGUACCCAAGGCUCUGAAUUCUGGGUUGAUGAUGCCUGCACCACCCAGUGCAAAUGCUCCAGCCUUGGGUUAACCUGCUCCCCAGCCUCCUGUCCAGAGGAAUAUAUCUGUGAGGCCAACAAUGGCCUGUUGGGCUGCUACCCAUCCACCUCUCGCACCUGCACUGUCCAGCACAAUUCUCAUUAUAGCACUUUUGAUGGGGCUGAAUCCCACAUUAUGAGUACUUGUACCUACAACCUGGCAAAGGUGUGUGCUGUCUCAUCGGGCCUACCCUAUUUCAGUGUGGAAGCCCAAUAUAAGAGAGGAGAAAAUGGAUCAGCCUCCUCCAUCCAGCAGAUCAGCAUUGACCUCCAAAGUUUGAGAGUCUCAAUGCUGCACAGAGAGAAGCACAAAGUCAUAGUCAAUGGGAUUUGGAGGAGGCUUCCUUUGACUCUGAAUGAAGACCGGGUGAUAAUUCAGCUCAGGGGAGAUUCAGUCAUCUUCCAGACUGAUUUUCAGUUGAUUGUAUUUUUCAACAAAGACAAUGAAGUACGCGUGACACUUCCCAUGCUGUACUCCACCAAAGUUUGUGGUCUGUGCGGAAACUUCAACCGCCUGAGAGAUGAUGAUUUUAUGCAGUCAGACUCAUCAGAGACAGAUUUUAAUGUCCUUGGGAGGACCUGGCAGAAGGAAGACCCCAAAUGUGAAACAUCCUUUCUUCCUCAACUAUGUGCUGACCAGGAAGAGGCAGAGUAUGAGAGUGUGCUUGGCUGUGGCAUCAUGCUAUCAAUGGAAGGCCCAUUUGCCAAGUGCCCGACUGUCCUUAGUGCUGAUCCCUUCUUUAGAUUGUGUGUGUUGGACAUGUGCAGCACAGAUGGCGAUCACAAUACUCUGUGUAACGCCUUACAGGCCUACGCAGAAGCCUGCAAGAGGGCUGGUGUGAUGCUUCCAGCUUGGAGGAAUGAAUCUUUCUGCCCUAUGGUGUGCUCGAGCAACAGCCACUACAAUGUGUGUGCCAGCAGCCAUCCUGCCACAUGCUCAGCAAUGGACACUCCCCUGGGCUAUGGGAGCUGUGAAGAGCGGUGCGAGUGUAAUCCAGGGUUCAUGCUUAGCGGGGGCUCAUGUGUAUCUGCAGAAGACUGUGGCUGCUGGAUGAACAGCCAGUACUAUAAGAAAAGAGAGACAUUCAUGAUUGGAGAAUGUGACAAUCUGUGCCAGUGCAUGGGACAAGACCAGAUACAGUGCACCCCGACCUCCUGUGCCAGUGGUGAGGUGUGCAAAAUCAAGGACGCUGUCCUUGGAUGCUUCACCUCAUCCGUGGCUAUGUGCCAGGUCUUUGGAGAUCCUCAUUACAUCACCUUCGAUGGCAAGUUUUUCGAUUUCCAAGGUCCCUGUAACUACACACUUGUGAAAACCUGUGGAAACAACACCGUCCAGUUUGAACUGACUGUGCGGAAUGAAAAUCGAGGAAACCCAGCAUGGUCAGCCCUAAAUUCUGUUGCUCUGUCAGUGCAAGGGCUGCACAUAGCCCUUCGGAAGGAGAGGAAGGUUUAUGUUAACGGCCAUCUGGCAGAACUCCCAGUGAAGCCAAACAGCGAAGUCAUAGUGUCCCUAAAGGGACCAUAUGUCCAAGUUGAGACCACCUUCGGCAUGAAGCUCCUGUUUGAUGGGGCACACAGGCUUUUUGUGCAAGUGGAUGAGCGAUACAAUGGCGAGGUGUGCGGACUCUGUGGCACAUACUCCAAUUAUCAAUUCGAUGACUUUGUAACACCAGACGGCAUACUCCUGGACAAUGCUCAGGAGUUCGGAAAUAGCUGGAAGACAGGAGACCAUGAGUGGGACUGUGAACCCAACCCCCCUCCACUGCCUGAAUGUGAUUCUCAGCUGUGGGAUGCUGGGUACGAAGAAUGCAACAUCCUGUUCGAGGACCCUUUCAAACCCUGCCACUGGUUUGUACCUCCGCAGCUGUAUGUGAAAAGCUGCGUAUAUGACUACUGCGCCACUCUGGGUGAUAUUCAACAGCUUUGCAUCUCCCUGGAGUCAUAUGUGGCAACAUGUCAGUUGGCAGAGGUGCACAUGGAACAAUGGAGAGAUGGCACCCUCUGCGAUAGUUUUACACCAAAACCAACAGAUCCAUCAACUGCAACUCCUUCGCAAGAAGCUUCUCCUCUGGACUGCAACUUUGACAAUGGUGACUGUGGAUGGGAACAAAUGAUAACCGACAGCUUCGAUUGGUUAAGACACAGGGGACCAACCCCCUCAGAUCUCACUGGGCCAUCCCAUGACCACACCACUGGAGAUGGGUACUACAUGUAUAUAGAGGGAGAUGAGCCCCAUUAUGGAGACUCCGCACGCAUGCUGAGUCCAGUGUGCUAUGCAACGGGUGCUGUCUGCCUGCGCUUCUGGUACCACAUGUAUGGGACUGCGAGUGCUAUGGCCUUGACCCUCUACCAGUUGCAGGGAAACACAGCAGUCAAGAUCUGGUCAAAGGCCAACAACCAGGGAGAUCAGUGGCACCCAGCAUAUGUAGACUUAAGCAUUUUUGGCAAAGUCCAGAUUAUUGUGGAGGGGAUCAGAGGUUCAAACAACCAAUCUGAUGUUUCCCUGGAUGAUAUUUCUCUGCAGCAAGGAACUUGUUCAGGCUCUUCAAAUACAGUGCUGGAGACCACAACUCAUUCUGCCAUCAGUAGAUCAGUGUGCAGCUUCCACUGUAGCUUUGACAAAGACAUCUGUGCUUGGAAUCAGAUCCAGACAGACAGUUUUGACUGGACAAGACUGAGAGGGUCUACCUCAACCUCCAUGACAGGGCCUUCUUCUGAUCACACAACUGGAGAUGGGUACUACUUGUACAUUGAGGCCAAGAAUGUUUACGACGGGGACACCGCUCGUCUUUUGAGUCCAGAGUGUCCAGAGCCAGGUCCUCUCUGCCUUCACUUUUGGUACCACAUGUAUGGUACAGCCGACAACAUGGGUAUAAGCAUAUAUCUAUUGCAGAACCACACAGCGCAGAUGAUGUGGUCUCUGCAGGACAACCAGGGCAACAUGUGGCACAAGGCACAGGUGGAGGUGAAGCCCUCCAAUAUGUUCCAGAUUAUUUUUGAAGGACGGAGAGGAACUAAUGAACACUCGGAUGUAGCAGUGGAUGACGUGUCCCUUCUGCGAGGCCGGUGUUCAGCCUCUCCUUCAGGCCCCUCCUGCCCCGAGCACAGCCACCAUUCCACAUGCAUGCCCCUGUGCCCAGUCACGUGCAAGACCCUCAAUGGUGCAGAUGACUGCCCUACUGAAGAGUCCUGCAAACAGGGUUGUGUGUGUGAUAAGGGCUUUGUACUCAAGGGGGACCAGUGUAUCCCCAUCACAGCCUGUGGCUGCCAGGACAACCAGGGUAACAACUACCGUUUUGGUGAAUUCUGGUUGACCAACCAUUGUCUCCAGAAGUGUAUGUGUGAGGAAGAGGAAGGUGAAGGGCAGAUCACCUGUGAAGACCAUGAAUGUGAACUCAGUACAGUGUGCCUCACUGACAAUGGGCAGUUCAGGUGCAAUUCCACAGGCUUCAGUGAGUGUUCAGUGUCUGGAGGCCUCAAGUUCACAACAUUUGACAACCUGGAAAAUGAGUUCAAGGGCAAGUACUCGUAUAUCCUGGUCCAGACGACACCACAGAUGACGAAUCUCCCACAAGUCUACAUUGAGGGCAAUAUUGAGCGAACAGCAGAUACUAAGGACAAACGCGAAGCUGAGGCUGACGAUGAGGAAGACAGCAGUGAAGAAGACGAUAGCAGUGAAGAGAAGGAACAAAGCGAACUGAAGAGUGUCACACUCAGCGUGUACAACCACACUAUAAAAUUCAUGGCUAAAAGAAGGAUUGUGUUGAAUGGAGAAAUGGUACAUCCGCCAGUCCUCCUCAACAAUGGGCUGAAGAUCAUGGAACGUGCUUCUCGAAUUUACCUGAAAACAAAUUUUGGCCUCUCAGUGGAGUUUUACAGGGCCAAGGCAGAGAUAAUCCUUCCGCACACCUACAAGAACCAUGUGGUGGGGCUCUGUGGUAAUUUUGACGGCAAGAAGAAAAAUGACCUUGUGAAGCCAGAUAGGAACCGGGCUCAAAAUGUGGCAGAGUUUGGAGACAGCUGGAGGGUGACAACACAGCUGCUAACUACCAUGGACAGAAAAUCAAGUUUCAUUAGCAGUGAUCUCAGUAUCUCAGAGGACAGCAAUCCUGACAUCGAUGCCACAACAGAGAACUAAAAGCUAACCACGUAAGACGCUUUUCCUAAACUGUGGAUCUUUCACAUGAGCCACAUCAAGCACUUGGAGGAAAUCAGAUCCUUGCGAAUACAGUGUGUGUUGUAGUUCCAGCCGCAGUCCAAUAAGGGAGUUUCCAGGAACCAACAACGUGGUGGUUCUUCCUCUCCUCUCCUCUCCUGUUCUUGUUAUAUCUUAGCAGCAAAAUGCACUGUGCUUCUUUUCCUCACAGACAGUUGUUAUGUGUUCAUGCAGUAAUGUCACCUAAUAACCAAACACACUUGCAUGGUGAUAUUUUUCCCAGUUUUUUUUUUUUUUUUUUUUAAAUGUCAAAAACUCAAGAAGUCCUCAU